AUGAAUGGCGGCGCCAUUUUUUCUCACUCGGUUCUAAUGGACGGUAACGCAGUGAUGCUGUCCAAGUAUGCUGGUUGUGUAACGGUUCUUGUUAACACUGCGUCCCUCUGCUCUUUUACAUCUUCAAACAUUCAACACCUUAUACACGUUCAGCAAAAAUGGGCCUCACGAAGUUUCACUGUCUUAGCCUUUCCGUGCUCUCAAUUUGGAAAUCAAGAGCCGAAGAAGAGGGAUGAGAUUUGCUGUUGGGUGGCUCGUAAUGGAAUUAACUUUCCUGUGUUUGAUAAAGUUAACCUGAAGGGGCCGAAUACACACCCUCUGUUUCAAAUGAUUCAGUCGUCACUUGGACCUAUACGGUGGAAUUACACCAAGGUUGUGUGCAAUCGUGCCGGACUCCCAUGCGUGAAGCUUCAGCCAGGAAGCUCGCUGGAGGAACUUGAGCGCUAUGUUUCACAGUUGUGCGAUGAGUGA